AUGGAAAACUACAGGAAAAAGGCCUUUACGACUUCACGGUCCCUAACUUACACUUACUACGACUCCGCCUCUGCCAAUCCCCUCUCUGCCGACGAACCCACCCUCCUCUUCCUCCACGGCUUCCCUGACAGCGCAUACCUCUGGCAUCAAGUUGUUUCACAUCUACGCUCCCUUCCCCACCGCAAACUCGUCCCGGACCUUCUCGGCUUUGGCGGCACCUCUAAGCCGAGUGACCCCGCCCUGUUCCGAUCCUCUGGUAUCGUCUCCGAUCUUGUCGAGAUCCUGGCCGCUGAGGGCGUACAGAAGAUUGUGGUUAUCGGACAUGACUGGGGUUCUAUGCUGGCAUAG